GGGGCCGCCCGGCAGAUACUACGCAUAUCUUCAGCAAGCUCAAGCAUUUUACUCCUUUCCAUUCCAUCAGAUGAUGACUGCAGUGCCCAACAUGGAAACGAUGGCUGAGCAGCCGACUCUAGAGGGCAUUCCAGAGCCAAACAUUGCUCAGGAGCCUCCGAAAGAAGUUAAGAAAGGAGGAAGGAAAAGAAAAGCCAAAGCAACUGAGCCAAAGCAACCCAAAAAGCCUGCUGCUAAAAAAGAAAAAACAGCCAAGUCAAAAGGCAAACAAGAAAAGAUCACAGAUACUUUUAAAGUCAAAAGGAAAGUGGAUCGUUUUAAUGGUGUAUCUGAAGCUGAACUUCUGACCAAGACCUUGCCUGAUAUUUUGACCUUUGAUCUGGACAUUGUAAUAAUUGGCAUAAACCCUGGCCUGAUGGCAGCUUACAAAGGACAUCAUUACCCGGGACCUGGAAACCAUUUUUGGAAGUGUCUGUUCAUGUCUGGUCUAAGUAAUGAACAGCUGAACCAUAUGGAUGACCACACUUUGCCACAUAAAUAUGGGAUUGGAUUUACAAACAUGGUUGAAAGGACAACACCUGGAAGCAAAGACCUCUCCAGCAAAGAGAUUCGGGAAGGAGGGCGAAUUCUGAUGCAGAAGCUACAAAAAUAUAAACCUCGUAUAGCAGUUUUCAAUGGAAAAUGUAUUUAUGAAAUUUUUAGUAGAGAAGUUUUCGGAAUUAAAGUUAAGAACUUGGAAUUUGGACUGCAGCCCCACAAAGUGCCAGAUACAGAAACUCUCUGCUACGUUAUGCCAUCGUCCAGUGCAAGAUGUGCUCAGUUUCCCCGGGCACAAGAUAAAGUUCAUUAUUACAUAAAGCUGAAAGACUUAAGGGACCAACUGAAAGGCAUCACACCAAACACAGAUGUGCAGGAGGUGCAGUAUACAUUCGACUUGCAACUUGCACAAGAGGAUGCUAAAAAGAUGGCUGUCAAAGAAGAAAAAUAUGACCCAGGCUAUGAAGCAGCAUAUGGAGGAGCUUACUGUGAUCGUGCACCGUAUGACAGUGAGCAGUGCAGCUUCUCUUCCAAUGGAACGGCGGGAAGCAAUCCACAGCACUGCGAGGGGUCGUCCUUCGGUGUAGUUCCUAAUGGACAAUGGAUGACACAGUCCUUUGCAGACCAGAUUCCAGAGUUCAGUGCCGGUGUGACACAGGAAGAGGAGGGAAGCAGCGUGUAGGGGCUGUUCCUUCUCAGCUAUGCAUCCAUGCUGCAGUUUUAAUGCAGUGACCAAGAUUGGUACCUCGGUUCUCCAACUGAAGCAUUUUAAUAGUAUUUUAUCUCCCCUAGUUAUUUUAUUAUAGUCCAAAGUAAGUGUGUGGUAGGCUGAAAUCAAUGAACUAGAUGAUUUUAAGGAACUGUUCAAACUUUUUUUAAAAAAGUUAACCCUUUUUUGUAUAUGAGUUUUAUAUUUAAUGUAUGCCAUUUCUUGCAGUUUUUGACAAAUUGCUUUCUCAUUUGUGAAGAUUUCUUUUGGGCGUUAAUUUUAUUUCAUGAAUUGUAAUGUAGUAGUAACAGCAGCAGUAUACUUCUUACUGAUGCCUCAAUAUUUGGAUAUCUCACAAUCCUUUUAUAUCCAGAGGGGAAAAUGGGAAGUGUACCCUUAACUUAUGUGAAGCGAUAUUUUUAAUCAGGCACAGUUAAGGAAAUUGUGCUUUUUAACUCUGCCUUUUACCUUCUUAAAAAGUGCAGAAAGUUGCACUCUGCAGCUGUGAGUACUGAGUAUUUUCUGGGUGGGAAGAGAGAGCUUGGUGAGUGGACCAUAUUCAGGAUUAAGGGAGUGAAGACAUCCUCUCAAGUCACAACACUGGGGAGAAAAAUUUGUGUCACACAGGACAGGGCCUAAAUAUUCUAGCUGAGCUGGCUUACGGUAAGAUAUCCCUACCACUCUUAUCUCUUUCCCUCUGAAAUUCCAAUGUAAGGAACUGGAAUUCCUUGAAAAAAGCCCCAAAACAAACAACAGUGGUGGUUCUUCAAUUCUGUAGCAUUCAAACUCUGUCGUUACUGUGUGAUUAGUCUCUUCACAUGACCUUCAGCAGUAGACAACCCCUUCGAACAGAUUACAUGUCAGGGAAUUGAAAGGCUGCAUUCUCUGUAAAAAUCACAUACAGCUACAUUGUUUACAUCAUGUACAAUUAGCACAGGGUGAAAAGAGUUUGCAAUUUAGCAGGUUUUAACAUUCCGUUCUCUUCAAUCUGUAGAGGGUGGUCUUCUUAUUCCUCU